AUGAGAUACUCAUUCAUAUUAUUACUGGUAUUACUACUAUUUUUAUGCAAAAGUACAUUAUCUGAUGUUUAUGAUAAUUUAGAGGACAAUGAAUUUGCAGAAUUUGAAGAAAAUUUUGAAGAAAAAGUUGUAGUUGAGGAAAGUACACCUAUGCCUAGUAUAAAAAAGGAAAAAGAAUUAGUUAAUGAUUUUUUAGAGGAUGAUUUUACACAUAUAGAUGAUACUACUAAUUUUGAUAUUAAUGAUGAAAAUAAAUUAGAAGAUCUUGAUAAACUUAAUACUGAUGAUAAAACUGCGAAUGCUCCAAAACCAUUGAAAUUUGCUGAUGUUCCAACACAUUUAAAAUCAAAUUGGAAAACAUAUCAAAUAGAAAUUUUAAUGAUGGUUUUACUAUUUAUAUAUUCUGUAAAUUUUAUUAUUGGAAUGUCAAAAAAUAAUUCAAUUGCCCAUAAAUGGUUUGAAGUUACAAGGCCAUUAUUAGAAACAAAGUUUGCUUUAGUUGGUGAUGAUGGAGUGUCUGAAGAUCCUGUUGGUGGUGUUAUGAUAAAACAAACAGAAUGUUCUUAUCUAGUAUAUUGUAGUGGGCGUUUAGGAUGUACAGGAAUGAUGUGUGAAAUUAAAUUAAUCAAAAGACAAGAUUUACUUGGAGUUAUACAAAAUAUAAUGGGACCUAAAAAUGAUAAAGUUAUAAUGAAAACAGAUCUUAUUAAAGGAGAAAUUGAACCAAUUAUAUUUUGUAUUGGUAACAGAAAAUCUGUUGCAAAACAAGUUAAAGAAUCAGAAGAUUUAAAUACAUUUACAUCUGAUAGAAAAUAUUCUGAUAGAUUUGGUUUAUCUAAAAAUUUUGCCAUUUUUACAGAAUUAAACGAAGUUAUUCAAAAUUUGAUGGAUAAUAAUAUGUGUGAAUAUUUAAAAAAAUAUGAAAAAUACAUAGAUUAUAUACAUGUUUCUGAUCAAUAUACAGGACCAGCUUUACAAGAAGGUGAAGUUUACACUAAAAUGCCAGAAGCGGAAGUUAUAUGUACAAUUUCACUUAACAUUAUAGAUCAAAUAAAUGACAUUGAACUCACUAAUGAAAUUAUGUCUUUCGCUUUUAAUGUAAUAGAAAAAGUUAAAAAAUUAAAACUUUCAAGAGAAGGGAAAUCCAAAGUUGAUAAAAAUAGAGCAGCAGUUGAAGCUAAAUUUUUAAAAAUGACUCAUCAACAAAGACAAGAGGCUGCGCAACUAAAGAAAGAUGCCAAAAUUAAGGAAAGAAAAGAAAGAAUAAUGAAUGAAGAAGAUCCGGUAAUACAAAGAAGAUUACAAAAAGCAGAAGAAAAGAGGGAAGCAAAAGCUAGAGCUCCUAAAAUGAAAACUAUUAAAAUGAAGUAG